AUGAAUCAUGAACAGCUUCGGAGCGAGUACAGGCGAAAAUUUGUGGCCACCGAAUUUCCGGACCUGGUCAGCGAGAACAGCUUCCUGUGGUACUUCUACCAGAGGGAACUUCACUUCGUUUUUGAAUCUCUGUCGGAGAGGAAGCGAAGCCUCCUGGACGUUGGCUGCGGACCCAUCACCUGCAACGUCUUCCCAGCCACCAAGAGCGUGCAGGACGUCGUGCUGAGCGAUUUCCUCCUCGGUAACAGGCUGGAAGUGGAGAAAUGGCUGAGGGGCGCGCCUGACGCCAUUGACUGGUCCUGUUACAGCGAGUCUUUGGCGAGGCUGGAAGGAUUCAGUGACAUCAAGCGAGGAGCGGAAGAAAUUACGGCGAGAACGCGCAAAGCCAUCAGGAAAGUGGUCCCUGGCGAUAUCUUGACCCCCGGAGUCCUUCAAAAAGAGCACCAGGAAAAGUUCGACGUGGUCCUGUCCUGCUUCUGCCUGGAGGCCGCUUCCCUGGACGAAGCCACGUUCCGCACGGCCACCCAGAACGUCGGCGACCUCAUUUACGAGGGAGGCAUCCUCAUACUCUGUGGCGUCCUCGGCCGCCACGAGUUCAGUGUUGGCGGAGUCAAAUUUCCUUGCCUCUGCUUGACGCCUGGUGCCGUGAAAGAUGCUGUGGUGCGAGCUGGCUUCAGAGUCAAUUUGUGGCGUUCCUUGUACAAGCCUGGCCCUUUGACGCCAACUAUCGACUCAGCGUAUGUCGUCGCAGCCGAGAAGCUGUGA